GACCUCAGCCCUCCUCUCCUGACCAGCUCCCUCCCCUCCCCCACCUGGCCUCUGGACCUCUGUCAGAUUUAGGAGAAAGAAGCAGCUUUCAGAGUGACUGUCUGAGACAGCACCAUCUCCACUUGCUGUCUCUGUAGAAGCGCAACAGCCAUGGAUUCCAAUGGGACAGGAAGUGCGGCUGCUGGAAUGAGGAAGGUAUGUCUCCUCUCAUUGCUACUCAUUGGUGCCUGGGGCUGUGUGAUCUGCCAUGGAAACCCUGUGGAUGACAUCUGCAUAGCAAAGCCCCGGGAUAUCCCUGUGAAUCCCAUGUGCAUUUACCGCUCUCCAACCAAGAAGGCCACUGAUGAAGACGGCCUAGAGCAGAAGGUCCCGGAGGCCACCAACCGUCGGGUCUGGGAACUGUCGAAAGCUAAUUCUCGAUUUGCCACCACCUUCUAUCAGCACCUGGCAGACUCCAAGAAUGACAAUGACAACAUUUUCUUGUCACCCUUGAGCAUCUCCACGGCUUUUGCUAUGACCAAGCUGGGUGCCUGUAAUGACACUCUCAAGCAGCUGAUGGAGGUUUUUAAAUUUGAUACCAUCUCAGAGAAAACAUCCGAUCAGAUCCAUUUCUUCUUUGCCAAACUGAACUGCCGACUCUAUCGAAAAGCCAACAAAUCCUCCAACUUGGUAGCAGCCAACCGUCUUUUUGGAGACAAAUCCCUUACCUUCAAUGAGACCUAUCAGGACAUUAGUGAGGUUGUCUAUGGAGCCAAGCUCCAGCCCCUGGACUUCAAGGAAAAUGCAGAAUCAUCCAGAAUGACCAUCAACAACUGGGUAGCUAAUAAGACUGAAGGCCGCAUCAAAGAUGUCAUCCCCCAAGGAGCCAUCAACGAUCUCACAGCCCUGGUGCUAGUUAACACCAUUUACUUCAAGGGCCUGUGGAAGUCAAAGUUCAGCCCCGAGAACACAAGGAAGGAGCUGUUCUACAAGGUUGAUGGGCAGACAUGCCCAGUGUCUAUGAUGUACCAGGAAGGAAAAUUCAAAUACAAACGUGUGGCAGAAGGCACCCAGGUGCUGGAGCUGCCCUUCAAGGGGGACGACAUCACCAUGGUGCUCAUCCUACCCAAGCCUGAGAAGAGCCUGGCCAAGGUGGAGCAGGAACUCACCCCAGAGCUGCUGCAGGAGUGGCUAGAUGAGCUGACUGAGAUGAUGCUUGUGGUUCAUAUGCCCCGUUUCCGCUCUGAGGACAGCUUCAGUUUGAAGGAGCAGCUGCAAGACAUGGGCCUUGUUGAUCUGUUCAACCCUGAUAAGGCCCAACUCCCAGGGAUCGUUGCAGAAGGCAGGAAUGACCUCUAUGUCUCUGAUGCAUUCCACAAAGCAUUUCUUGAGGUGAAUGAGGAAGGGAGUGAAGCAGCAGCCAGCACUGCCGUCAUGAUUGCUGGCCGCUCACUGAACCCCAAUAGGGUAACCUUCAAGGCCAACCGGCCCUUCCUGGUACUUAUAAGGGAAGUUGCUCUGAACACUAUUAUAUUCAUGGGGAGAGUGGCUAAUCCUUGUAUGAACUAAAAUAGCCUUUCUUAAUCUUUGCACCUUUUCCUGUUUUGGUGUUUGUGAAUAGAAGUAAAAAUAAAUACAGCUGCCACCUCACAAGAAUGGACUUUUCCACUUGAAAUGAAGACAAGACACUGAUGCACAGAUAGGAUGCUGUGGGCAACAACUUCUGGGUAAAUAAAGGGGAAGAGGCCAGCAUGGUGGCACACACCUAGCACUUUGGAGAACAGAAGCAAAGGAUCAGGAGUUGAGGCUAGUUGAGGCUGGGCUGCAUGUGAGACACCCUGUCUCAAGAUGACUUCCUCUCCCUAAAACACAGAAAACCAUAAAAAUAAAAGAGAUAAAUAUGUUACCAUUUCAUCUUGGAGGACUGGAGGACCUUUAAAUUCUCAGUAUUCCUACCAUGCUACAAAGUCCCAAGAGUACAAAGUAAUUAAUCUCUAUAUGGAAAAGACAGAGAUUCAAAUAUGAGUAUUAAACCUUUUAUUUCUCAAACCACUCACAUGCAUAAUGUUCUUAUACACAGUGUCAAAAUAAAGAGGAAAUGCAUUUUUAUACAAACAGAAUUUCAAGUAUACAUUAAUAGACUUUUCAGAUUACUAUCCAAGUUGCUAAGGUUUCAUUCACAUUGUUCUUAAAGCUGUUCAACGAGAAAGCUUUUGCUAAGUGCUUUAAAUGUUUAUAUAAACCCACAUCUUAAUUCUUCUUUGAAUCUCCCCUCCCCUGACCCUUCUGCCCUCCCCCCUCCCGAUACAACAGGGCUCUAGGAGACAUGCUACCCUUCCAAGAACUAUUGGCUUGUCACCAGGGGAAAGUCAGAAUCUACAGGAGGAGAGUCAGAGGACACCUGUCAAAUUUAGGGGAAAUGAACCCAGUACUUAGAUGUGACAUAAUUCUGAGUAAUAUUUUAGCAUUGUUGUAUUUUUCACUUGAUCUUUAAUAAAAAAGAAAA